GAAUUCUGAGUUGUAUUUAAUUAUUAUUUUAAAUAUUGUUUUAAUAAAUUUCAAUCAAUUUAUUAAUAACAAAAAUGAGAAACUUAUUACUCAUAGUAUUAGUAGUAAUUGUGACCACUUUUGCUGGUAUUGUGUGGACACAGAAGCGUUACGACAGAAAGUAUUUGUAUAAAGAGUUUAAAGAUAAAACACAUUACUUGAAUGACAACCAAAACUGGAGAAAUCAAUUGCGAGAAGAGUUUGGCAAAAAUAUACAGUCAUUGCCGGAAACAGUUAAAAAUGCGAUUAUCGAGAGAGCAGAUAAAGAUAUUAAACAACAAUGGGAACCACUGUUAGCCAUGGAGUUCCUCGAGUACAAGAUUAAUGGCAAUCGUAAUCAUUAUGAAGGAAAAAACUUUAACAGAAGAGACAAACUUAUGAAUCUAAUUUUGGCUGAACUGUUGACCCAAAAGAGUAAGUAUAUUAAUCAGAUUGCAAAUGGAGUUUGGCUUUUACUAGAGGAGAGCACCUGGACGUGGCCGGCUCAUAUCGGUAUGCAAAAGGCUGGUGAAGGUCUACCCGAUCCGCAACAGUAUAUCAUUGAUUUGGGUGCCGGCGAGUCAUCGGCUUAUAUAUCAUGGAUUCGUCUAUUGCUCGGCGAACAGUUAGCCAAACUAUCGCCAAUGUUUGUGAAGCGCAUUGACUAUGAAUUAGACAAACGUAUUGUCGAAGAUUUUUUGCACACAGACUUCAAAAGUUGGAUGGGUUUUGAGGGACAACACGUCAACAACUGGAACAUAUGGAUCAAUACCAAUAUGUUGAUGACUGCACUGUUGACUGUCAACGAUACGCUUAGACUGGAUGUCAUCAAAAGAGCGGUAACCAGUGCUGACAAUUGGCUCGACUGGUAUGGAGAGGAUGGCGGCUGUGAUGAGGGCCCGAGCUAUUGGUAUGAGGCGGCCGGUAGGUUAAUACAGUUCCUGUUUUACAUGUCGUCGGCCAGUAAGCACCACAUGGACUGGUCAUCGAAACCGCUAAUCAAGAGUAUCGGUGAUUAUAUCUAUAAAAUGCAUAUUGAUAAAAACUAUUUUGUCAAUUUUGCUGACGCGGCCGCCAAACAAGUGGCCGAUCCGACACUCAUCUAUCAUUACGGACAGUUGUUUAACAAUUCAUUGAUGAAACAGUUUGGCUCCUAUAUAUAUGAGUUUGCCGGUGGCGACCACUACUUUCUGACUGAUGGCUUCAAUGGCCAUUUGCAUCAGUAUUUUAUGGAAUUGGAUGCCUAUCCACAUCUGAAAACCGAAACACCGAAAGCGCCGCAACCACUAGAGUCAUGGCUUCCCGAUCUUCAAGUAAUCACUUUGAGGACUCGCGAGGGAUCACCUGAGGGAUUGUUUUUGGGUGCAAAAGCUGGUACUAAUGGUGAAAGUCAUAAUCACAACGAUGUCGGCAAUUUUAUCCUAUACGUCAACGGUUUGCCGGCCAUUAUAGACAUAGGUGUCGGUGUCUACACAAAAGAUACGUUCGGUAAGCAUCGGUACGAUAUUUGGUAUAUGCAAUCCCAGUGGCACAAUACGCCCACCAUUAAUGGUGUCCAACAAAAGGAUGGCCUACAUUACGCGGCACAUAAUGUCACUUACAAUAAAACCGAAACCGGUUUAUUAGCAGAGUUUAAGGCAGACAUAGCCGGCGCCUAUCCUAAGGAAGCACAGGUCGACAGUUGGGUUCGCAAACUGGUGUUCGACAGGAAGUCUAAUGUCCUAACACUUGACGAGAGCUACAAACUACUGAAGUUUGUGCAACCGUUCAAAGUUCACUUCAUUACUAUAUUAAAUGUCACCGAAAGUGAUGGUCGGGUAUUGCUUAAGGACAAGGAUGUCAAUCUUGAACUCAAUUAUGACAACAACUUAUUUAAUGUUGUGGUCGAACAGCACAAGACUAAUGACACCAAAUUGUAUAAUAUAUGGGGCGAUAGUGUCAAUAGGGUUACACUAGUGUCCAAAAUUGUCGAUAAACUUGAAGGCAAUCAUUCAAUAGUAUUUAAAGUAUAAAAUUUUAGUUUUUAAAAAU